AAACAGCCAAUGAGAAGCUGUGUGUACAAAUAUCUGGGAUGACAUCUGGUGUAUUGACUGUGGCCAGUCUUAAAGCUAGUUUUUGCCGUUUGGAAUGUGCUGCUGUAGCUCAGAUUUAAAGAGGUUUUUUUCCUGUUAAUUUGAAGCUCGUCGUGCCUCUUGUUUCCAAGGGAAGAAAAGCUGAUUCAGUCAUCUAAAUGGAUGCAAUACUGAAUUACAAGUUGGAGGAUACUGAAGAUUACUACAAGUUACUGGGUUGUGAUGAACUAUCCUCGGUUGAACAGAUCCUGGCAGAAUUUAAGGUCAGAGCUCUGGAAUGUCACCCUGACAAGCAUCCUGAAAGCUCCAAAGCUGUGGAGACUUUUCAGAAACUGCAGAAGGCAAAGGAGAUUCUGACCAAUGAAGAGAGCCGAGCCCGCUAUGACCACUGGCGAAGGAGCCAGGUGUCGAUGCCAUUCCAGCAGUGGGAAGCUUUGAGUGAUUCGGUGAAAACGUCAAUGCACUGGGCUGUCAAAAGUAAAAAAGACCUGAUGCUGGAAGAACCUGACCAGACCCAUACUAACAAGAUUGAAAAUGAGGAAUGGAAUGAGCAAAGAGAAAUAAAGAAAGAGGAGUUGACUUCAACCACAGAGAAAAUGGAGCAAAAAGAAGAGCCCCUGGAGAAGUCAGUUUCCCCCCAAAAUCCAGAUUCUUCAAGUUUUUCAGAUGUGAACUGCUGGCAUCUUCGUUUCCGCUGGUCUGGGGAUGCUCCUUCGGAACUCUUGAGGAAGUUCAGAAACUAUGAAAUAUGAAAUGUCCCUGCUCCAUAAAAGAGGGAGAACAAGAGUGUCCCCUGUGCUGUCAACAUACAAUCUUUGUUCAUGUCUUAAAAAUGUCAUGUUUAUAUGUCAGGUUUGUGAAUUGCUGAGUACCGAUUGAUUCUUCCAUCCUCGAACCAGUUCUCAUGUUUUUCAAAUGAGAAAAUAUUCAGAAGACUAGUUUCUUUCAAUAUUUGAAUAGAUUAAGCUUCUUAGAUCCAGAGUAGAUUGUACUGUAUACUUUUUCCUGUUAUUGCUAUUUAUAAAAAUCCAUUUAAAAAUCAAUCUCUGUACAGUGUAUUUAAAUAUUGCAUUGAUAGACUGUGAUCUCUAUUAGUACUGGAGGUACAAAAAAUGUUCUCUGACUCUUGUCUUAAAAUGAAAUGUGAAAUUACUUGUGUAAACCACAGAGUGAAAUAAAGUUUUCCCAAAGUUCA